GGGCACAACAAAAUAUCACAAUCGCUAUUUAUAGAGCUUCCCGCUAGUUAUAUCCAGGUCGCGCAAAUGUAUUCAUCGUUUCACCAUCAGCCGCGGCUGAUUCGAUAAACGACGUCAACACGGCUUCACCUGCGCCAAGCUGAGGGCUCUGUCGCCAAACGAUUGCGAUACAAACGCACUAUGUCGGCCACCGCCACCGAUUUAACAGUGGGAAACCUGAGCGGCUCACCUAUCAUAUUCUACCCGGCGCCGACACCAUGGCCCUCAUCAGCAGGAUGUGAGAAAAACAUAUACAGGCAGGCUGAUGGGGGCAGCAUUUUGGCUUGGGAUCCCGUCUACGCCAACAGAUUCGGGUUAAAAGAGGCCAGGGGCUGCCACGCCCCGCAGGUGUCUGCAUGGUGGUGGCAGAACAGACAACCGGUAACAGCAUUUGGGCCGACGUUUGUUUGUCCCGAGGCCUAUAGUGCUGUCUAUACCAGUACGCUAGACAGCAUCUCGGCAGUGCCGACACAGUUCACCUACUGCUGUCCUAGCAACUACAACUUGGGCGCGGUUUUCCAGCCAACCCAAAAGACUAUGUUGCAGUGUACGUCGAAAGCGGGACCGGGCGCGACCAUCUCUUACAUGACGCGCACUUCCCUCACUCGCAAAGUCACCAUCACGGGCGUGGAUGGCACCGUGGUCCAACCCACCGUCCUGAGCACCAACAUUCCCACCUCGACCGUCGUGCGGUUAUCCCCCGCCACCGUCUACGGACUCCCCGUCAACGGGUUCAACAUUGGACAGCGCCAGGCUAGCAGUACGGGCGGAGCGAGCAACACGGUGACACCCCCGUUAUCACCCACGGGUGCAUUAUCACCAACCGAUGCAUUAUCAACAACCGAUGUAUUAUCACCAACCGAUGUGUUAUCAACAACCGAUACACCCACGCAGUCCAGAGGCCCGGGACUAACGCCAGCUGCCAUCGCCGGGAUCGUCGUGGGCGCCGUCAUUGCUGUUGGGCUGCUCGCCCUCGGUACAUUCUUCUUGGGGAGAAGGUGGGCGGCUAACCGACGGCGAGCCGCGGCUGAGGAGGAAGAUCCGAUAAAAGACUAUUACCAUUAUUUGCAGACACCAAAGGAGGCCGAGAUGCCCAUCAAGCAUCAUAUACUCGAGCUGCCGGCUAAUAAAUCUGUGCAAGAGCUGCCUACUUCAAAAUAGGUAGCGAUGUUCGAGUUGCUGUAUUAUUACGAGUUGCAUUAUUACCAUGCAGGAUUGAU